UACAUUUUAUAAAUAAUGUUCUUUUUUUCUUUUCUCCUUCCAGUCAAUGCCAUCCGUUGCCAUCAGUGCAACUCUCAUAUAAAUGAAGACUGUACAACUUUGCGUCUGAGUACACCCCGGGCACCACGUGAUGAUCAAUUUCUGGCCGAGUGUGCCGAACAACCUGGUGGCGCUCGUGCCUUUUGCCGCAAAACUGUUCUAACCAUAGAGGUAACUGGCGAACAUCGCAUCAUUCGUGGUUGUGGCUGGCUUCAGGAUCGUGGUGAAAUGAGCAACAACAGUUGCUUUACAGCCGACAAUGAGGGUUAUAAGCAAAUACUUUGUGCCUGCAAUGAAGAUGGCUGUAAUGGUAGCUCUGGUUUACAUAUUAACAAAUGGUCGGUUUUGUCGAUGACUGCUUUGAGUGUCAUCAUGGCUUUAGUAUUGAGAAGAAAUUAAAAGUUACUUGCGUGACGAUCUGUUUUAAAGAUCAUUGUAUUUGUGUGUGUAAUUGAUUAAUUUCUCUAAUUAUUUUUUGAGUUUUUCUUUAAUUUUAUCUUUUCUAAUUUAAACUUACUUUUUUCAUUAUUAAUGAUGAAAUGUUAAAUAUUUAAAUGAAA